CACACAAACUAACCCGAGUCAGUUACGUAAUCAAGAUCCUUUAAAAAUAGAAUGAAAAGGGAAAUUUUCAUUCCCCACUUCAAAGUGUCUUCUAUUAGUUCAGAUUCCACAAACAAUACAUGCUUACUAGUAAUAUAAUCAAUAGAAUUGUUGUGCAUAUCAUAUAGAAUUAUAGAAGUAUAUAAACUCACACUGUCCUCCAAUAUCAUAGAGAACUAUAGAAGUGGUUGUGCAAUAACGCAUCUUAAUUCUCAAAUCCCAUCCUACAACCAAACAAAACUUCAUUGCUAAUACUAUAAAUAGUAGUAUCAAUAUGAAGAGCAAUCCAGCAGAAGUGGUGUUGAUUCCAACCCCAGGAAUGGGCCACCUUCUCUCAGCCGUAGAACUAGCCAAACUCAUUAUCCGACACGAACAACGCAUUUCUUUCCUCAUCCUUAUCCUCAACGUCCCCCUCAAUUUCUCCAUUGUUAACAACUAUAUCAACUCAGUGUCACGUAAUAACCCCUACCCAACCCGCCUCACCUUCGUCGUUCUUCCUCCUCUUUCACACCUACCCGACCCCACCAGCCCCAACUUCUUGACGAGCUUCAUCGACCUCCAUAAGCCACUAGUCAAGCAAAUCAUUAAGAAUAGAGCCGAGGCAGAGGCUAGGCCAGUCGGGUUCAUAUUCGACAUGCUAUGCACCCCCAUGAUGGACAUUGCCACUGAGUUCAACAUCCCCUGGUAUAUCUUCUUCCCCUCGGGUGCCAGCUUCUUGAACCUCAUGUUGCAGUUCCAAUCACUUGCUGAUUUUCAUGGAAUUGAUAUUGCUACUGAGUUUAGCAACCCGGAUAUCACGUUUGACAUACCCGGUUUCACAAACCAAGUGACUGGUAAGAUUGUGCCUCGAAUAUUUCUCGAGAAAGAAGGCGGGUCUUCAAUGAUGAUCGACCGUGCUAGGCAUUUCAGAAGAUCAAAUGGUAUUUUAGUUAAUUCGUAUGUCGAGCUUCAACAGUUUGGGAUACAAGCUUUGUUUGAUCAAGUCACUAAGCAUAGUAUCCCUGCUGUUUUUCCAGUAGGCCCUAUUAUUGAGCUGGACGAUGAGAGUCGAAGUGGUUCCCAAUCUCAAAAGAACAAUGAGGAGUCUAUUAUAGGAUGGUUGGACGAACAACCUUUAUCCUCUGUUGUUUUCCUCUGCUUUGGAAGCAUGGGAAGUUUUGAUAGGGAUCAGGUGAACGAGAUAGCCAAAGGUUUAGAGAAUUCCGGUCACAGGUUUUUAUGGUCCCUACGUAAACCACCACCCGGCGACGGAAAAUAUGGGCUGCCGAGCGAGGAUGAGACCUUUGUAGAUGCCUUACCUGAAGGUUUUCUUGAUCGUACAAGUAGUAGAGGGAGUAUCAUCGGAUGGGCACCGCAAGUAUCAAUUUUAGCCCACUCGGCUAUAGGUGGGUUCGUGUCUCAUUGUGGAUGGAACUCGAUACUAGAAAGUUUGUGGUUUGGAGUUCCUAUAGCUACGUGGCCAUGUUAUGCCGAACAACAGCUAAAUGCGUUUGAGCUUGUGAAGGAGUUGGAACUUGCGGUGGGGAUAAGGAUAGAUUAUAAAUAUGAAUGGAAGAUCAAAAAGGGUAACUUCUUAGUGACGGCUAAAGAGAUUGAAAUUGGCGUAAAGAAAUUGAUGAAUUUGGAUGAAACGACAAAGACCAGAGUUAAGCAGAUGAGAGAUGAGGGUAGAAAAGCUUUACAUAAUGGUGGAUCUUCUCACAAGUGGCUUCGCUGUUUUAUUGAACAUGUGUUAAGCCACGACAACUAGCUGGACGCUUAUGCCGCUUAGACGGUUAGACAUCAUGUCCACGAUUAUUAACUUAAAGAGAAAUAAGCCACCAUAAUGCUGGGGUAAGGAUCGAACCCCUGACCUCAGAGGCCAAGGGGGAGCGCUCUACUCACUUGAGCUAACUCCUAUUCUUGAAGGAUAGCUCAUUUGGCUAGAGCUUUUCUUUUAAUUUUAGAAAAUCUUGGGAUCAAUUAUCAAUAUGUGUAGUAGCUCUUCAGUACCAAAAAAAAGUAGAUUGUUGUAUAUUAACUAGCUUAAUGGCCUGCCAAUCUGCCAUCACGGGCAAAGCAAAGAAGGGACCAAGGCCAAGGGUGGCCUUGGCCCUCCUCUCCCGAGUGUUUCAUUAUAUUGUUGUGAAAUUAGACGUUUGCUAUAUUUUUUUUAAA